AUGCUGGAGAAUGGCUCGCUGAGGAACUGCUGCGAGCUGGGCGGGCGAGGGCGCUUCGGCUUGGCGGGGCGGGAGGCGGCGGCCCGGCGGGCGGCCUGGGUGGGCCCGGCGCUGUCCGGCGUGCUGAUCUUCACCACCGUGGUGGACAUCGUGGGCAACCUGCUGGUCGUCAUCUCGGUCUUCAGGAACCGCAAGCUCCGCAACUCCGGUAAUGCAUUUGUGGUUAGCCUGGCUUUGGCAGACCUGGUGGUGGCCUUGUAUCCAUAUCCACUGGUGCUCUCAGCCAUUUUCCACAAUGGAUGGUCCUUGGGUGAAAUGCACUGUAAACUGAGUGGCUUUGUGAUGGGACUAAGCGUAAUAGGCUCCAUCUUCAACAUUGCUGCAAUUGCAAUAAACAGAUACUGCUACAUAUGCCAUAGCUUUGCUUAUGCCAAAGUGUAUACCUGGUGGAACACAAUGCUAUACGUCUGCCUAAUUUGGGUGUUAACAGUUGUUGCAACUGUGCCAAAUUUUUUCGUUGGCUCUUUAGAGUAUGAUCCGCGCAUCUAUUCAUGCACAUUUGUUCAGACUGCUAGCCCCUAUUACACCAUCGCUGUUGUCAUAAUUCAUUUCAUAGUACCUAUCACUAUUGUGAGCUUCUGCUACUUUCGGAUUUGGAUCUUAGUGAUUCAAGUAAGAAGAAGAGUCAAAUCAGAAAUAAAACCAAGACUGAAGCCAAGUGACUUCAGAAACUUUCUCACCAUGUUCGUGGUUUUCGUGAUCUUUGCCUUUUGUUGGGCACCACUGAACUUCAUUGGACUAGCUGUAGCUAUCAAUCCUUUGGAAAUGGCACCAAAAAUUCCUGAGUGGUUGUUCGUCGUAAGCUAUUUCAUGGCCUACUUCAACAGUUGCCUUAACGCAAUAAUAUACGGACUUCUUAACCAGAAUUUUCGGAAAGAAUAUAAACUAAUCCUAAUGUCACUGUGGAUGCCAAGGCUUUUCUUUCAGGACACAUCCAAAGGGGGGACUGAAGGUCCAAAGAGCAAGCCUCCUGCUUUAAACAACAAUAACCAAAUCAAAACUGAUACCUUGUAAAUGUGUUAUGGUGAAUGCAAAGAAGUGUCAUUAAGAAUGCCAGUGAUGUAAUUGUAAGAUUACACUCAUUCUUGCUUACUUCUCUCUUCUUUCAAUUUUAAUGUCAUAUAGUGACUGGAAUCCUG